CUGUUAAGCCCCCUCACGUGCCUCACACGUGAGGGUAAUUUCAUCAUUUCAUAUGUCAGGGACCAUUUUUGCAUAGACGUUUUUUUGGAUUAAUUGACAUUUACCCCUCAUUUACUUUCCCCAACACUCGUCAACUCCCCAACUCCCAACUCCCUCCUUCUUGCUUCUGCUCCAUUGAACCUGCAAAAAACCCUCGUUGCUUAUCCAAACAAGAUAAUCGACACUACACAUAUAAGGGCAUACGUUUAAUACGAAAUGGUGUUCGUAAUGUGGCAUAUCAGACCAAAACACGAAGUUGUUGAUGUAUCAACUGUAUAUGCUGGUGCACCCACAUGGUUUAGUAUUAAGCUUCAUCACGGUGGGAAAUUUACUAAAUUACCUGAUAUAAAGUUACCCAGACCCACGAAUUCUGAAUUCGCUGAUGAAUCCCCAGUUAUAUACUACCAUUUUAGGAUACCCAAUGGUGACUUUCAAUUUGGUCUUAGAGCUUUAGGGAAUGAUCAGGAUGUGAUCAACCUUUCUAAAUACAUUGCACAUAACAAGCUGAUUGAGGUGUACACAGAGCAUGGAAAGACAAAUUUAUUGACUUACUUCAUGUCACCAAAUGCAAAGGGUAAAGUUGUCAUUGAGGAAUUACCAGAAAAUGAUGAUCAAGGGGCUGAAGUUGAGGGUCAAGUUCAUGCAGAUUCUCCAAUGAAAAAUGUGAACCAUGGUAAUGGUGAGCCUAUUGGUGAGUUCAUGUCUCUGAUUCUUUUUGGGAGUAAGAAUGAUAGUUUCUCACCAGAGUAUAGAAGGGGUAGGGUUGGGAAUUCCAAAAUAGGUGAAAGUUCUUGUAGCAAGAGGCUUAAUUUAGAUUAUAUUGAUGAGGUUGUUCACAUUUCAAAGGAAAAGAAUGAUGAUCUGGAUGGUUCAACUAAUGUUCAGGAGGCAGCAACUUGUGUUCAUAUUGAUGAGAUGGAUGGUGUUAGGGAGGCUGCAAAUGUUGUUCAAGAGGCAUCAACUUUUGAUGAAGAAGGCUACAACACCCCCUGUUAA